AUGUUCGACACGGUCUGCACAUUCCCUCUAUCUGAGGAGCUGUUUGCUCAGGCCAUCCACCCUGAGGAGCCAGUGGUCUCCGUCGGUCUGGCAUCAGGCCAUGUAGAGACUUUCCGAUUGCCCUCCUUGGACUCAGAGGAAGACGACGACGCUUCCUCCCAAUCAUCUGCCCGCAAUGGCAAAGGCCACAUUGACACCAUGUGGCGAACCCGGCGACACAAGGGCAGCUGCCGCACCCUCGGGUUCGGCAUUGAUGGUCAACAACUCUACUCGUCUGGUACAGACGGCCUCAUCAAAGUUGCAGCCACAGAGACCGGUCGAGUGGUUAACAAAAUUGCCAUUCCUUACGAGGGCGGGAAAAUUGACUCCCCGACUAUGAUCCAUGCUCUUUCUCCUCAAACGCUUCUUCUCGGUACCGACUCUAGCGCUCUUCAUCUCUACGACCUCCGCAUCCCAUACUCGAAAGUGUCCCCUCGCCCAGAGCAAUCGCACCACCCCCACGAUGACUAUAUCUCCUCUCUGACACCACUGCCCGCCUCUGAGACUAGCACAUCAGGCUUCAGCAAGCAGUGGGUGACCACUGGUGGAACUACUUUGGCCGUAACAGAUCUCCGACGGGGUGUUCUGGUGCGCAGCGAGAACCAAGAAGAAGAAAUGGUCAGCUCAGUCUUCGUGAGUGGUCUGGCCUCUGGUGGAACUAGCAAGGGUGAAAAGGUGAUCGUUGGUGGAGCCAGCGGUAUCCUCACACUUUGGGAGAAGGGUCAAUGGGACGACCAAGAUGAGCGCAUCUACGUCGACCGCAGCGUGGAUGGCGGAGAUCCCGUUGAGACCAUGGCGGUUGCGCCCGACUACCUAGGCAAGGUUGUUGCUGCCGGUCUUGGAAACGGAAAGGUGAAGUUUGUGCGCAUGGGGCCCAACAAGGUUGUCUCUGAGGUGGUCCACGAUGAGGUUGAUGGAGUUGUGGGCUUGGGCUUUGAUGUUGAGGGUCGCAUGGUCUCCGGUGGAGGAAGCGUUGUCAAGGUUUGGCAUGAAGCCGAGGGCAACCAGGGCGGAUCUGAUGAUGAAGACAUGAUGGACGACAGCGACGAUGAUCAAGAUUCCGAUGACAGCGAGGCAGUCAAGGAACGUGAAGACCCGAGAGAGCACAAGAAGCGCAAGAAGGGCAAGAGCAAGGACCAGAGCGGAGGACAGCAUGUUAUGGCUUUCCACGAUCUGGACUGA